GAAUCUCUCGGCAAAGAAGGAAGCUGGAGUCUUGAGCUUUUUGGUGGAUUUCUUCUUUUAUGCAAGGAAGGAAAAAGAAAGAAAAAUGAAGGAGAAACCUUGGCUUAUGCAGCUUAGUGAGUUUCUCUUGUAAGGAAGCUGGACAUGAAUUUGUUGAAGGGGACAUGCUUGAGCCAAGGGAAGCUGAUAUACCUGUCCUGUUUCUGGUCUUGGUUGUGCUUCCUUUGGUUACUUACAUCUUACUUGGAAAAUGGAAUGAGGCUGCAAAGAAGAAGGAGAGGGUACGUCUGCUUGCUCAGUUAGCAGCUGAAGAAGCUCUCCUUGCUGAAGCAACGGCUACUGCCAGUGUUAUGCCUGUUGUAGCUUCUACAAAGACUGGGUUUCAUGAAUGUGCCAGAUGCUUUGGUCCAGCUAAUACCCGCUGCUCCCAGUGCAAGUCUGUCAGAUACUGUUCUGGAAAGUGUCAAAUUAUCCACUGGAGGAUGGGUCACAAGGAAGAAUGUCAGCAGUUGGAGGCCACCUGCCUAAGUUCAUCUCCUAAGCCUGCCGUAAUUGAUGAAUAUGUUCAUGAGAGUGCUCUACCAUGUGAAAACCAGGAUGGUCUCUUUGAAGCAUAUGAGAUUAGGCAUAUUAUACCAGACAGUGUCCCUCUGGAUAAACCAAAUCAUCCAUCUACCAACGCUUCUACUGCUUCUAUCAACACUACCGUGCUCAAUACAUAUCAGGUACCGAGGGUGGAGAAAAAACUUGCAGAGAAGCGUGUCUCCGGUAAAUCUAACAGAGAAAUAUUGAGAACAGAAGAUGCUGCUUUAUCGGGAUCUUUUGAAGAAGCCUGUGGAAGUUGCGAUAGCAGUUCAACUUUGUCUAAUAUUAUCCCAUCCAAGAAGGCUUCUAUAAGACAUAAGUUAGGAAAUGAUGAUCCCAUAGCAUCUUCAGGACAAAUUUCAAAACAGCAUAACAUCAAUAGCCCUUCUGUGCUUGUAAAUGGGAGAAUCGCUCGGAGAAGUACUAUUCAUGAUAAUCAUAACUUAAGAGGACAAACUGAAUGUUUAUCUGAAUCAAGCAGUGAACCUUGUACCACAGGCUCAUUACAUUCAGAGAAAACCAGGACAAGAUUGCAAGAUAGGGACAGUUUACUUAGGGAAGAACUGGCUUCUAAUAGUGAAACAAUUGACUUGAUAUGUCCCCCUGAAAUGAUCUCAGUCAAGGGAAGCAUGAAAUCUAGUAGUAUGUUACAUCCUUCUGAAUCCAAAAUUUCAGGAUCCCCAGGAUCAACUUUGAAAGCUUCGAGAGAAAGCACAUACUCAGGGAUGCAGAGUAAAGGAUGUGUAAUAAAUGAAUCAAAAGUCUGUCAAGCGGGUGCUUUCACGACUGUCCCUGGAAAGGACAAAAAUGGUCUGUCAGACAGUAUUAUGAGGAAGAUGGGUCUAAGAAAGUCAUCUAAACUUCAGAGACAGGAUGCUAGAGAAGUUACUAGUAAUGGCCGGAAGAGCAACAAGGUGCUCUUCCCUUACGAAGAAUUUGUAAGGUUGUUUCAAUGUGAAAGCUGGGAUAUAUCUCCUAGAGGACUUCUAAAUUGUGGGAACAGCUGCUAUGCCAAUGCUGUAUUGCAAUGUAUGACCAGCACAAAGCCUCUGCUCGUCUACCUAGUUCAGAGAUCACAUUCCAGAACCUGCUGCACAAAAGAUUGGUGCCUCAUGUGUGAACUUGAGCAGCAUGUAAUGAUGUUAAGAGAAGCUGUAGGCCCUCUAUCUCCUGUCAAAAUCCUUAGGCAUAUGCAGAAAAUUGGUUGUCGAAUGGGUUCUGGAAGUCAAGAAGAUGCUCAUGAAUUUCUAAGGCUUCUGGUUUCUUCCAUGCAAUCUAUAUGUCUUGAGGGACUAGGUGGCGAGAAGCAAGUUGAUUCAAGCUUGCAAGAAACUACGCUCAUACAACAUACUUUUGGUGGUCAUCUUAGAUCAAAGGUCAAGUGUCUGAGAUGUCAUCAUGAAUCUGAACGGUAUGAAAACAUUAUGGAUCUUACAUUGGAGAUAAAUGGUUGGGUUGAGUCACUGGAGGAUGCACUUACUCAAUUUACAGCCCCUGAGGAUUUGGAUGGAGAAAACAUGUACAGAUGUGGAAGGUGUGCCAAAUAUGUUAAAGCGCGAAAGCAAUUGAGCAUACAUGAAGCACCAAACAUCCUUACCAUAGUUUUGAAGAGGUUCCAGAAGGGGAGAUAUGGCAAAAUAAAUAAGUGCAUCACUUUUCCAGAGAUGCUGGACAUGAUCCCAUUCAUGACUGGGACAGGCGACAGUCCACCCCUUUAUGUGCUGUAUGCUGUUGUUGUGCAUUUGGAUAUGUUGAAUGCAUCAUUUUCUGGGCAUUAUGUGUCAUAUGUGAAAGAUGCGGAGGGGACGUGGUUCAGGAUAGAUGACACUGAGGUCCAACCAGUUACAACGAGCCAGGUGAUGUCAGAAGGUGCAUACAUCCUAUUCUACUCGAGGUUUUCUCCACGCCUUUCAAGGGCUUCUCCACUGCAACGUCCAUAUACUGCAAUGCAUUGCUUAUCGAAAACACGGAAUUCCUCAAGAUCAGGACAAACUAGACACAAUGAUCACUUUUUCGUUGACGAACUUGAAUCAGAUCCUAUGUUGGAUGUUCGGUUGGGUACUGGCAACCAGACCUCCAAAGACAUUCUAAGAAGUGCUAACAGAAAUAUCCUCCCUAUGAGAGAAACUUAUGCAGAAUCGAUGAGCAUGGAAUUCUCAGAUGCCCCACCAAGUGAUUGGUCCCUCUUCACAAGCUCAGACGAUGCAUCGUAUACCACCGAGAGUACCAGAGAUUCAUUUAGUACUGCUGAUUAUGCUGACACAUUCAAUCUCGAUUCCAUUUCCUCAAUAUUCAGUUCCUACCCUUCGGAAUACUCCUCGCACAGUACUAUUUCCUGUUGAAGGUUCUUGUGUAGUAAGCCGCAGACAAGAUUUCUUUCGGAAUCCAAGGGCUUUGUUUGGGAUUCAUCCCUGUCAAAUGAACUACUUGACAGUGUACAGAGUGGAGAGAAUCCAAAACAGGUCAGUGAUUUUUUGACCAAGCCUUUACCUACUGUUACCAACUCCAGUAUGUUUGUAAAGUAUGGAGCAAUCCCCAAUAGUUUUUUUUAUACAUCUGAUCCUUGUGAACUCUAAUUGUUAGAAUCUUGUAGUCUGGGAAUUUCCCAUUAAUGAAAUAGAUCACUUAUCCA